AUGCACCAAUCUCUGAUUUUCAGCUACUUCCCGUUACUAUCAGGUCGUGCAGGCCCCCGCCCCCCACGACCCCUCCGCAUCCACCACCUCCCCCUCGAACUUCUCCAACUCAUCUUCCAACAAGUCGUCUUGGAAUUCGAAGACGAAGAAGAGGAGCACCGCACGCCGACAUUCGACAUUGCCCACACAUUGAGCCUCGUCUGCAAAAGCUGGAGGAAUCUCGUGCUCAGUAACCCGGUUCUAUGGUCCGUAAUCGACGCUCACUAUCCUGAGGAAGUUCUGGAGCUAUCGCUCCUUCGGGCUGCGCGCGCCCCGCUGAUACUCUACCUCGAGCUUAACGCAUUGACAACGAGCAACGCCUCAUGGAAGCUUUAUCGUCAAUUCCAUCGCUUCGCGUCGUUCAGCAGCCGACCGCGUAUGCGUGAUUGGCACAUCCUGCAAGCCCAGCUCUGCUCAAGCGCGCCUCUGCUUGAAUCGUUCGAUCUUUCCGUAGGACCUAUAUCAGCGUCGUAUUUCUUGCCAAAAAAAAUCUUUGGUGGGGUGCAUUCGUCGCGAUUGCGCAAACUUCGCCUCCAAGGGUUUCAGCUGGAUUGGAGUCACCAUUCGUUCCUGUUCUACAACCUCACGACCUUGUCUUUGGACGCCGAGAACCGCCCAUCGUACACAGUGUUCAUCGAUAUCCCCCAGAGCAUGGGAUCUCUCCAAAAACUGGCACUCUGGCACUCUCUUCCGUCCGAUGUACAAUGCAAGCCAAGGCACGAUGUAGUCAUUCUUCCGCAUUUGCGGGAAUUCAUUUGCGAAGACGCGUUAAUCGCGUGUCUCGCGUUUUUGCGAUACGUCAAGUCUUCGCCGGUAUAUAUGAAACUCAAGCUGUCCACCACAAGUCUCGGGAGGAAAGGUGGCUCGGAGGCUCUCUUCCAGGCCUUCUCUAGUCGGACCCGCGUCGCCCCGAAUGUGUUUGGUUACCUUCCUUCGCUCGAAGAUCCCUGGGAAGAGGUCCACAUCGACAUCCUGCUCCAGACCAGCGAAGAAGACGACCUAGCAGCCCUCGAACAUUGCGUCGCCGGCGUCAUGAAGCACCUGCCUCUCGGCCAUGUCACAGUGCUUCACUUUGACGUGCCGCCAUAUUUGACUUUGUCGUACGCGUUCUGGAUGGACGUCUUCCCUGCUGCUUUUCCGAGACUCUCGAGACUUGUUCUCGGCAACGGGGUCGUGCACUCGCUCUUCACUGCCCUGGAGACGUUCUUCAAGACAGAGCACGGGGAUCGGGACGUUUACACACGGAAGGUAGAGGUACCAUUUCCUAGAGUAAAGCAGAUUUCGUGUGAUUUUUCCGCUGGAUUCAGUCACAGCGUCAAUUUACUAGAUUACGGUGUUUAG